AUGGCGCCGAAAAAAAAGCAGGAGAAGAUGGCUCUGGGCGACUUCCUGACCAACCAAUCUCUUGGAUCAUGGGCCGACGAGAUGGACUCGCAGCCGCUGCCAGCCGCUUCCAGUAACGCAUACAGCAUGCGCGAUCGCACUGCCGGCGGCGAUGGCGAACGUCGCGGCUUCGGCCAGGCUUCGUGGGAGCGUGCCGGCUCUGGUGGCGGUAUGGGAGGCGGCGCAUCGUCUGGUAUGGGUGGCGACAGCUUUGACCGUCCACGAUAUGACCGCGAGGAGAUUCCUUUCCCAACCAAGCCACCGUACACCGCCCAUCUCGGUAACCUCGACUACAAUGUCACUUCGGUAGACGUCGAGGACUUCCUUGCCGAUUGUUCGGUCACCACCGUCCGMAUCAUGGAGGACAAGAUUGACCGCAAGCCCAAAGGCUUUGGUUAUGUCGAGUUCGGUUCGCCCGAAGGUCUCCAGAAGGCUUUGAACAAAUCAGAGUCUAGCUUCAUGGGCCGCAACAUCAAGAUUAGCUUGGCUGAUCCUCCCAAGAAUGACCGUCCAGAACAGACCCRUGACUUCUCCGACUGGAGUCGUCGCGGCCCACUACCAGACCUUCCAGCACAAGGCAGACAGCCAUCCCGCGGAUUCUCUGGCCGAAACUUCGACAACGCCUCCGAUGCUGGCGGCGAUCGUAAGCCAGGCUUUUUCGAGGGCGAUGGCAAGGUGCGCGACUUUGGCAACUGGGAGCGCAAGGGCCCUCUAUCUCCAGCUCCAGGUGCUGGUCCACCAGUGCGCGACGGGGGUAGACUGCGUGACGUUGGCGACCCACGCGAGAGAAGAGGAAGCCCAGCCGGAUGGGGUGAGGGUCGCGAGGCCCGUGAUGGUCAGUCCGAUGCCGGCUCGCGGCCUCCACGGAGAGAGUUUGAGCCUCGUCCUGUCGCCGACCGCGUCCCAACUGCGGCUGAGACCGACUCCCAAUGGCGUUCAAAAAUGCGUCCGGAUCCCUCUCCCGCCGCCACACCUGAAAUGUCAACACCAACGUCUCCUGCUCAGGAUGCACCAAAGGAGCGUCCCAGACUGAAUUUGACUAAGCGCACAGUAUCCACCGCCGAAACUGGCUCAGCCACCACACCAUCCGGAGAUGCAAAGGCUUCUCCAUUCGGUGCUGCUCGUCCUAUCGACACCCAGCAGCGUGAGCGCGAGAUUGAAGAGAAGCGUGAACUUGCUAUCAGACAGAAGAAGGAGGCCGACGACAAGGCUAGGGAUGAGAAGGCAACCCGUGAUGUUGCGGGCAGGGCGGCUCGCGGCGACCGCGCAGAUCGCGGCCAAAAUGAGGACGGUGAGAAUGUGACCUCUCCGACUGRCGACCGACCUCGUGGUGAUCGCCGUCAACAACAAAACGGCGGCAAAUCUCAGGCGAAGGAGAAUGGCGAGGGAGCAGCACCGGCAGCAAAGCCCAGCUUCAGCAUUCUUCAACGCGAAGAUGGCGACGAGGCUUCAGUUGAUGGAGAUGCUGUCGAUGCUUCGGCUAACGGCAACAUCGUUGGCGAUAAGGAGACCAAGCCUCGAGAAGUGGUUGUGCCCGCUGGUGGAAGUGCAAAUGCAACUACAACAGCAGACGAGUUGGAGGAUGAUGGUUGGAGUACCGUCGCCGCGAAGCCCAAGAACAACCGCCGAGGUGGCGCUAGGGCAUUGGCUUCCUAG